GCAGUGAAGAUGUAUUCAAUUGCUGAACUCAAAAUAAGGGAAAUUCGUAACUGCCCAAAUGAGACAUAAAAAGCACCAAAUUAAGCUCACUUUUAACACUACUUAAUUACUCAUAAUAAUGGAACAACACCCAACUACUACUCACUCCUCCUCCAUGUCCAUUGCUUCUAGACUCGAUCACUUAGAUUUCAUUAUGAAAUCUUUGGAAGGAAAGCAAAAUCUAUUAAAAUGGAACAGUUCUACUCAGAGGCAAUCCGUGCCGGUGGAUGUGGCGGUUCGAGAGGCUUACUUCAAAGGAUCGCUCAUCGACAGAGUUGCUUUUCUUGAACGAAGGCUUUUUCAGCUUUGUAUGGAGAUGGAAUCAAGCAGCACAUCAGGCGCAUCAUCAUCGCAAACUUCAGGAUAUGCAUCUUCUAGCCAAGCCUCCAAAACCGAACCAUCUUCCAGCUUUGCAAAUCAACUCCAUACACAAGACUUGCUUCUCCAUUCUAAUUAUACACCUGAAAUUAAGGAGACAAUUUGCAAUAAAAAACAAGAGGAAAAGAAUACAAAACUUCAGAAGAAAAAAGCUGGAAAGAAUAAACAAAGUGAAGAGGGAUUGACUAAUAAAAGUGGACUGAAGAAGAUUUCAACCAAAUGGCCUCACUUUAAAAUACUAGGCUGUUAAUCGUCCAUUUCUUAUUUGUUUAACUUUUUUAUAUAAAUAAUUUAGUUUUUCUUCCCCUAAUGUUAAAGUUAAUUUUUUUAAGUUGUCAUUCAGUCACAAAUGAGAUAAUUUAUUUUA